UCAAUGGCAAAUAGCCAAAACCAAAAACACAUUCCAAAAAUAGAAUUUAUAUUUCUCAAGUUCACAAAUAUGCAAACCCCCAAUAAACAAAUUUUCUUCCUCCUAUUUCUACCAUUCUUAAUUACAACCAAAUGCAAAGAAAACACCCAAAAUAAUCUUUCAGAUCUUUGCUUAACACAAGUAUGUAGCUUCCAUGAACCGGUCAUUCGACGCGUUAAAUUCCCAUUCAUAAUCAUCAAUGACUCCUUACCAAGUUCUUGUGGUUAUCCAGGGUUUGAUUUAUUAUGUAAUGGAGAUGAUAAGCUACAAAUACACCUCCCUAAUUCAGGGGUGUUCUCUAUUAAAGAAAUAGAUUAUGUUAAACAAGAAUUACUGCUUAAUGAUCCUGGUAAUUGUCUCCCUAGACGGCUUCUUGCACUUAAUUACUCAAAGGUUGUAGUUGAUUCUCCUUUUAAUCCUGUUUUCGAACAAGAUUAUGUGUUCUAUAAUUGCUCGAACGAGUUUUUCAACUCUUCUGAUGAUCAAAUUAGGCCAAUUAAGUGUCUAAGUGGGGAGAAUUAUGGGGUUUUUGCUACUCCCUUGGAGAAAAUUGUAAAGGGUAAUUCUUCUUUGUGUCGUAAAAUUGGUAUUAUAAAAGGUCCUUUUAGACCGAGGUCUAGUGAAAUGGACUCUUUUUCGAACCUUGAAGGUGAUAUUGGGCUCACUUGGGCUCAGCCUCGCGAGUGUGGAGAGUGCUAUCGAAGAAGUGGGAAGUGUGGAUUCAAAAGCAAUUCUAACUUUGAAGUGGGAUGCUUUAAUCUUCCUCGUCGUGAUUUUACAAGAGGAUCAAUACUAGCUCUUACCUUAUCAUUUGCCAUCCCACUACUAUUAGUUACUUUUUGCAUCACAUAUAUAUGUAUCAAGAAGAAGUGCUCAAGGAGAAGAACAACACUUGAAAGUCAUACACUCGCCUCAACAGUCACACCACAACCUCGGCGAGUCAUCCAUGGUCUCGACCAAUCGAUAAUCGAGUCAUACCCGAAAGUAGUCCUAGGUGAAAGUCGAAGACUGCCGAAGCCGGCCACGGGCGAAAAGAAUUGCCCUAUAUGCUUAGGAGAAUACUUGGCUAAGGACAUUUUAAGGACAAUACCAAAUUGUGGACAUUGUUUUCAUGUUGAUUGUGUUGAUGAAUGGCUUUUAUUGAAUGCUUCUUGUCCUGUUUGCCGGAAUUCUCCUCCCAACACUCCGGAAAAUAAUGCUUGAUGGGAUUAUGUUUAUGUUGUACUUUGUUUUUUUAAGUCCAAUUUGUACAUUUUUAGUUUCAAAGUUGAAAGUAGUGUUUUGAGUUUGCUAAAUCCAAUGAUUAUAUCACCGAUAGAGAAUGUAAAGAAUUCUUCGAUUGUGUUUUACUUUGAAAAUGUUUCCGUUUAGGAAAAUUUGGUAAUAUUAAUUCAAUGUUUGGGCGAUUU